CGCCUCUCCGCUCGCCGCAGCCCGGGCUCCUCCUCCGUCCAGCCUCCGGGGCGGGGACUGUUGGCUCGCCCUACCCUCGCAGCCUGAGCCUGCCCUCCGCCAGACGGGUCCCCUCCCGGCGGCACCACGGCUUCCCUUCAACAGCACGGCGACGGGGGCUUCCCCUCAGCAGCCGCCGCUGCCUCGGUCUCCGCAGCCGGCCAAGCUCCGCCGCGUCCGCGGCCCGCGGCCGCCAUGCAGUUUAUGUUGCUUUUUAGUCGUCAGGGAAAGCUGCGGCUGCAGAAAUGGUAUGUCCCACUCUCAGACAAAGAGAAGAAGAAGAUCACAAGAGAACUUGUUCAAACCGUUUUAGCUCGGAAACCUAAGAUGUGCAGCUUCCUGGAGUGGAGAGAUCUGAAGAUUGUUUAUAAAAGAUAUGCCAGUUUAUAUUUUUGCUGUGCUAUUGAGGAUCAGGACAAUGAACUGAUUACCCUGGAAAUAAUCCAUCGUUACGUGGAAUUACUUGACAAGUAUUUUGGCAGUGUGUGUGAACUUGAUAUCAUCUUUAAUUUUGAGAAGGCCUAUUUUAUUUUGGAUGAAUUUCUUUUGGGAGGAGAAGUUCAGGAAACGUCCAAGAAAAAUGUCCUUAAAGCAAUUGAACAGGCUGAUCUCCUGCAGGAGAACACAGAGACUAUGUAUCACAGCAAGAGUUUCAUUGGGUUUAAGAAAGCGUACUAGAAUACGAGCUGGAGUAGACAUGCAUCAAAAUGUAGUAGGCUCCACGCCAUGAAUAUUUUAAUGUCCCUGUGUACUAAAUGACUGCUCAUCGACUAUGCAGAAUUUCAGAGGAAAUAGAGAACUGAUAUACUUAUGAAAGAAAAUGUCCUCAGCUUGGUGACUAAUUCUCCUGUAAAAAGAUAAAAAAAAAAUCUUAGAGCUAGUACCUUUGUGACUGUAUUUUUUUUGUGCACAUUCCUAAUUCCAUUUUCAUUCUGUAUAUGAUAUUGAUAUGUAGUUUAUUUCUGUCUACCACUGUUUCUUCUUGACAAAAUAUGACUGUGAAUAUUUUAAUAUCCUAAACACAUACAAGUUUUCAUUAGGAAACCAUCUGUAAUUAAUCUUACGAGAGUAUAACAGAAAGGCUGGGCAAUCACAAAUUUACCAAAGAAAAUACAGUUAAGAACUCAGGCAAAAUUAGCAGUAUCACAGUAUUUAGUCCACUGUUGAAGAAAACCAAGCUUUAUUUAACACUAAGAUUAUCUUACAGUUUGUAUGAGCUAAUAUGUUUAACUAUCAUAGAAAAGUGUAUGUUGAAGCAAUAAAAGAAAGAAAAGAUCAGUUACAAUUAUAUAAGGCGUAAGGUUAAAACAUUGAAUUUUCAAGAAAUUUUGUAGUGUCAAUAUAUGUUGAACCACAUUUAUGCAGUGUCAAACAGGCCCUUUAAGAACUACCGGAAAGCUAUGUCAAAAGUCUCCUGAAAUGUCUGUUGCUCAGUAACAACUCUUUUAAAGCAGUAAUACUGAGCCUACUUAUAUGAUACAAAAAUUCUUAUAUUCAUUUUCAAUAUCCAAAUAUUUUUAUUUUAUUAGUUAAUGGCUUCCUAAUUAAUAUAUUAAGCCUUCUAAACACUCAGUGCUGUGUUAACUAUGGUUGUAUAUUUUUGAAAUACUAAAAAAUUUUAAUAACACUUAGCAUAUUUUAUUAUAAAAACUACCAGAUAACUCACUGUUCAGAGUUUAAAGCCUAAGUAAAUUAUCAUUAAGCAAUAACUUCAGAGGCAUGGUAGUGUAUACCUGUCAUCUUAGUAACAUUUGGGAGAUUGAGGCAAGAGGAAGAUGAAUUACUAUGCUACCUAGAGGGUCCUUGUCUCAAAAGACAAAAAUUAAAUAUGCCAAAAAACUACCCAAACCAGUUUCCCACUAAAAGAUCUGUGAAAACAUUAUAAGAAAUGUAGUUAUUAGGCAGCUGUAUAGAUGAACUAUCUCCAUUACCAUCUGAAGCAUCACAAAACAUUGGUCUUUCAUUUCCAUUUUUUCCCAUCCUCCCACCCUACAUGUUGUUCAUCUGAUUUUAAUGUUGCAUAAAUAUGCAUUGUCUCAUGCCUGUUUGUUUUGGAUGCUGUGUGCUGAGCUGUAACAAAAUGUUGCGCUUUUGGGGGUGGGGUAUCUGUAUACAGCUGCUUGCUUCAAAUUAGCAGAUUCUGAAAUAGCUUUACCUGCAUGUCUAAAAUAAAGUAUUGCAUGUACUUUGUCUGA